CAGGAGCCUGUCGGAGGAAGAGGAAGAAGGGGGUGGAGAGUGUAGGGGACCGGGCUAGGGGGUGGAAGCCCGAGACCGAGCGGGGCGGAGAAGAGAAGGCGCCCAGCCCCUCCCCCGCCCGCUGCCAACCAGCCCCGGCAGCGCCUCUGUUUCCCGGACCGGCGCUCCGCCCGCCCUAGCGGCCAUGCCGGGGCCUCGCUGCCCCUAAGGGAACCUUUCCCUGCCGGUGCUUGCCCUUCCCCUCCUGCCCGGGGUCGCAGCGGCCCGGCCUCCCGCCGGCGCCCCCUCCUCGCAGCCGCGUUGCCGCCCCCGUCUCGCUCUCCCCACCCAGUGCAGUGGCCGCCGCCUCUUCCGCCGCCGGGCUCCGAGCCUCCGCACCGACAACAUGGAGGCUGUGAAAACCUUCAAUAGCGAGGAUUGUGCCUCUCUACUCCUGCUUGUACAGACUGCUUUUCCAGCAGCAUGGACACAAGAAGCAUAUUGUAUUCCCUGAAUGACUACAAGCCACCCAUUUCUAAAGCGAAAAUGACCCAAAUUACUAAAGCAGCCAUCAAAGCUAUUAAGUUUUAUAAACAUGUGGUACAGAGUGUUGAGAAAUUCAUUCAGAAAUGUAAACCAGAAUACAAGGUACCUGGACUUUACGUUAUUGACUCUAUUGUACGACAAUCUCGACAUCAGUUUGGUCAAGAAAAGGAUGUGUUCGCACCCAGAUUUAGUAAUAACAUCAUUAGCACUUUCCAGAAUUUAUAUCGUUGCCCUGGAGACGACAAGAGUAAAAUAGUGAGAGUAUUAAACUUAUGGCAGAAGAAUAAUGUAUUUAAAAGUGAGAUUAUUCAACCUCUUUUGGAUAUGGCAGCAGGGAUUCCUCCUCCAGUUGUCACACCUGUUUUGGCCAGUACUACUGCUGCUAUGAGCAAUACCCCAGGAACUCCUGUGACACCUGUUACUCCAGCCAAUGUGGUCCAAGGUUUACCUGAUCCGUGGGUGUCUCAGAUAACAAAUACAGAUACACUUGCAGCUGUAGCUCAGAUCUUACAAAGUCCUCAAGGCCAACAGCUUCAGCAGUUAAUACAGACUUUACAGAUACAGCAGCAGAAGCCUCAGCCUUCCAUCUUGCAAGCCCUGGAUGCCGGCCUUGUGGUCCAGCUGCAGGCUCUUACAGCACAGCUCACAGCAGCGGCUGCAGCAGCCAGCACCCUUAAUCCCCUAGAACAGGGAGUGUCUUUUAACAAGAAGUUGAUGGAUAGGUUUGAUUUUGGGGAAGAUUCUGAGCAUAGUGAAGAGCCCAAAAAGGAAAUUCCAGCUUCUCAACUUUCUCAUGUUUCAGAAUCUGUGAACAAUUCCAUCUUUCAUCAGAUAGCAGAACAGCUACAGCAGCAAAAUCUUGAACAUCUCAGACAGCAACUCCUGGAACAGCAACAGCCUCAAAAGGCAACUCCUCAGGAUAGUCAAGAAGGAACAUUUGGGUCAGAGCAUUCUGUGUCACCAUCACAAGGGAGCAGUCAACAGCAUUUCCUUGAACCUGAAGCAAAUUUGGAUGAUUCCAUAGAUAUUCAGCAACAGGAUAUGGAUAUAGAUGAAGGGCAAGAUGGAGUAGAAGAGGAGAUCUUUGAACAGGAAGCAAAGAAAGUGGCUGUUCGCUCCAGAUCAAGAACGCAUUCACGAUCCCGUUCAAGGUCACCAAGAAAACGAAGGUCUAGGUCACGGUCUGGUUCUCGAAAGCGUAAACACAGAAAGCGAUCACGCUCUCGCUCUAGAGAAAGAAAAAGGAAAUCAUCACGUUCAUACUCAAGUGAAAGAAGAGCUAGAGAAAGGGAGAAAGAACGACAGAAGAAGGGAUUGCCUCCAAUUAGAUCUAAAACAUUAAGUGUAUGUAGUACUACUCUGUGGGUUGGCCAGGUAGACAAGAAGGCAACACAGCAAGAUUUAACCAACCUCUUUGAAGAGUUUGGACAGAUUGAAUCCAUUAAUAUGAUUCCUCCCAGGGGCUGUGCUUAUGUCUGCAUGGUUCAUCGACAAGAUGCAUUUCGGGCUCUUCAGAAACUUAGUUCCGGGUCAUAUAAAAUUGGGUCCAAGGUCAUUAAGAUUGCUUGGGCUUUAAACAAAGGUGUAAAAACAGAAUACAAACAAUUCUGGGAUGUGGAUCUUGGAGUAACAUAUAUACCAUGGGAAAAAGUUAAAGUGGAUGACUUGGAAGGUUUUGCAGAAGGAGGCAUGAUUGAUCAGGAAACUGUAAAUACUGAGUGGGAAAGUGUGAAAAGCUCAGAACCCGUUAAAGAGACGGUCCAGACAACUCAGAGCCCACCUCCAGUUGAAAAGGAGACAGUGGUCACAACCCAGGCAGAGGUUUUCCCUCCACCUGUUGCUAUGUUACAGAUUCCAGUAGCUCCAGCAGUGCCUACAGUUAGUUUAGUCCCACCAGCAUUUCCUGUGUCAAUGCCAGUUCCUCCUCCUGGAUUCAGUCCAAUUCCUCCACCGCCUUUUCUCCGCGCAAGUUUUAACCCUUCACAACCACCUCCUGGUUUCAUGCCACCUCCAGUUCCACCACCUGUUGUACCACCACCUACUAUUCCACCAGUAGUACCAACAUCUUUAGUGCAGCCGCCAUUAUCUAUGACUCCAGAAACUGUGAAAGAUGUUGGAUUUGGUAGCCUUGUUUUGCCAGGUGGUUCUGUUGCCAGCAGUCUUGCUACUUCCACUCUGCCAGCUGGAAGUGUUUUUAAUCCUCCAACUAAACAAGCAGAGCCUGAAGAAAAAGUACCUCAUCUUAUAGACCACCAGAUUUCUUCUGGUGAAAACACCAGAUCAGUGAUUCCAAAUGAUGUUUCAGGUGGCUCUGCAAUUUUAGGAGGACAGCCGCCAAAUGUGACGAACAAUUCUGGAAUUCUGGGAGUCCAAAGACCAAAUGUAUCAAGUAAUAAUGAAAUUCUUGGAGUCCAGCCAUCUAAUGUUUCCAAUAGUUCUGGGAUUAUUGGAGCCCAGCCACCAAAUAUUCUAAGUAACUCUGGAAUUUUGGGAAUACAGCCACCAACUGUGUCAAGUAGUUCUGGACUUCUGGGCAUGCUACCCCCAAAUAUACCUAACAAUUCUGGACUUAUGGGAGUACAGCCACCCAGUGUUCCAAAUACUUCUGGACUUUUGGGAACACAGCCACCAGCUGGGCCUCAAAAUUUACCCCCUUUAAAUCUUUCUAAUCAAAGGAUGCCUGCAAUGCCAAUGUUAGACAUUCGUCCAGGACUAAUACCACAGACACCUGGACCAAGAUUCCCUUUAAUGCAGCCUGGAAUUCCACCUCAGCGGGGACUCCCUCCCCCAGCGGUGCUUGAUUCAGCUCUUCAUCCACCACCCCGUGGUCCUUUUGCUCCAGGAGAUAUUUUUAGUCCACCUGAAAGACCUUUUCUAGUUCCUGGAAGACAAAGUGUAGACAACGUUGCUAAUCCAGAAAAAAGGAUACCACUUGGGAAUGAUAACAUUCAACAGGAAGGAGAUAGAGAUUACCGGUUUCCUCCCAUAGAAACCAGGGAAACCAUUAGUAGACCUCCCCCGGUGGAUGUUAGGGAUGUGGUUGGACGGCCUGUAGAUCCAAGAGAAGGUCCUGGAAGGCCUCCGUUAGACGGUAGAGAUCACUUUGGACGACCUCCUGUAGAUAUUAGAGAGAAUCUUGUGAGGCCAGGCAUAGAUCAUCUUGGUCGAAGAGACCACUUUGGCUUUACUCAAGAGAAGCCCUGGGGGCAUAGAGAUUUUGACGAGAGAGAGCAUCGGGUUCUGCCUGUCUAUGGUGGUCCAAAAGGCUUACAUGAAGAAAGAGGUAGAUUUCGGUCUGGAAACUAUCGGUUUGAUCCUAGAAGUGGUCCUUGGAACAGAGGAUUUGGACAAGAAGUUCACAGAGAUUUUGAUGACCGCAGAAGACCCUGGGAGAGGCAAAGGGAUAGGGAUGACAGAGAUUUUGAUUUCUGCAGAGAAAUUAAUGGAAGUCGUUUUGGACGAGAUAGAAUUCAAAACACUUGGGUCCCCCCUCCUCAUGCUCGGGUUUUUGAUUUUUUUGAAGGGGCCACUUCUCAGCGAAAAGGUGAUAAUGUGCCUCAGGUUAAUGGUGAAAAUACCGAGAGACAUGCUCAGCCACCACCUUUACCAGCACAGAGUGAUCCUGAACUUUAUGAAAAACUGACAUCUUCAAGUGAAAUAAACAAGGAGAAGAGUGACACAGUUGCUGAUAUAGAGAGUGAACCAGUGGUAGAAAGCACAGAAACUGAGGGGACAUAAUCAUCACUCAGUAGGACAGAAUGACUCGGAAGAUAAUGGAGCUUCGAAGCCUAGCAGAAUAUGAAGUCCUUCCUCUGCAUGGAUCUCGUUUAAAUUUAAGAGUGGCCAGGGCUGUAUUAACAUGAAUUCAGACAUCGGUGCGUCAAAGAGCAGUCAAGACCCCCAACGCUGGGCAGCGCCCACACUGUGCCACUUAUUGUGUAUUUUUCCUGUUUGAAAAUAUACUGAAGUAAAAGGAAGCAUCAGGAUAAGAGAAAUCCCGCAGCUGUUUUUAGCUUGUGAAACACUUAGAUAGAGCUUACUGUGUGCUUUACAAAUACAGACUCGUUUGAUCCCCCUACGAUUCCGUCAGGUAAAACCUAUUAUUAUCCUCAUUUUACACAGGAGGCGACGGCGACGCGGAGGGGUAAGUCAUUUCCUGGGGUCGCCAGGCUAGUGUAAGAAGGGGACGCUUCUCCUCCCAUUAUGUCUCUAUCCACUUUCCUUGAAAAUGUCUGCCAGUCAGAGCUUUGUGGACGUUUUCAGUGUGACCACAUCUGGGAUGAUGGAGGGCGAUCUGGCCAAAAAAGGAAGUGGAUUGAAUUUUUAGGGAAGGGGAGCCUCUGUGGACCAUGUACCAUCUUCUGGCAGGCAGAGGGUGAGGGCAAGAGUUGGCAUCCCUGAAGAGUUCUGACAGCCUUCUUUAUCUCCAACCGCAGGGGAAGAAGCCGAGGAGCCUGAGACGGUGAGGCGGUUAUUGGUCCCCAGCUCCCGGAUGACAGAGGAGAGGAGAAAGGAGAUUUUCAGAACCCAGUUAUGUUAGACAUAUUAACAGAGGAAUCUAACGUGACAGAAGGAAAAAAAAAGAGGAGAUUCUUGCCCCCGAGGGCAAAGCGUUUAGUUGCCACAUCACUGAACUGGGCUUUGCAAAAGGAGCUGGUAGACGGAUGCGCUAACAGCAGGUCUCCACCGCUGCCUGUCAAUCACCCCUCUGUUCAGCUUGCCCCUGGGAUGAUGCUGGGGAGACACAGAAGCACCUCGAGCACUUCCUCGGGAUGGCUUGUUUCUCAUGACCUCAUCACAGUGAAAAGAAGAUGGAUUUCUCAACCACUUCCUCCUGCAGUAGGACUUUGAAAAGUGCCGUGAAGUAGAUGGAGCAAGCUCCUGAAACAGCCGCUAAAAGAACCGUUUGUUUUCCGCCAAUGAUCUUCAGAAAGGAGAGAUGCAGCCUCCCUUGAAAAGGCUAUCCUCUGACUUCUCCAAAGUUAGCCUGACCCACUGGCAGAGAUGCCUGCCUACACUGGGGAGACGCUGGGCUGGAGUCAGUGUGGUCUUUGUCUGUUUACUGGAUCCUGGGGCACUGGGAGGGAGGCUGCAUGGAGCCUGUUAGUUCGGGGCCUGAAGUAAUAGGAAAGCACUUAGUGGAAGUAACCAGCGCUGGGAUCCUCCUUCUUGCCCCCAAACAAGCUGUAAAAGUGAAUUUGAGCUCCGUGGAGACAGGUAUUAAAUGCAGUCAUUUUUUUUUUAACAUCUUU